AUGGCGGAGCUCAGCACCAAAGUCAUCAGGACGCUCAACAAGACCACGCCGGGCAUCCAGAUAUGGCGAAUCGAGAACAUGGAGAUGGUGCCAGUGCCCACCAAAAGCUACGGCAGCUUCUACGAAGGGGAUUGCUACGUCCUGCUGUCGGUAGGGCAGCCUCUGGUCUUCUAUAAGAAGGGUGGAGUGGCCUCAGGCAUGAAGCAUGUGGAGACAAACACCUACAACAUCCAGCGCCUGCUGCAUGUGAAGGGCAAGAAGAACGUGAUAGCAGCAGAGGUGGAGGUGAGCUGGAAAAGCUUCAACAGGGGGGAUGUGUUCCUGCUGGACCUUGGCCAGCUCAUCGUCCAGUGGAACGGCCCUGAGAGCAACCGAAAUGAGAGGCUGAAGGCGAUGACCCUGGCCAAGGACAUUCGAGACCGGGAGCGCGGUGGCCGUGCCAAGGUGGGCGUAGUGGACGGUGAGGAUGAGGAUGCCUCGCCGGGGCUCAUGCAGGUCCUCACGCACGUGCUGGGCGAGAAGAGGGAAAUCAAGGCAGCCACCCCUGAUGACAAAGUGGACCAGAAGCUCAAUUCUGCCCUCAAGCUGUACCACGUCUCCAAUGCCAGCGGGAAUCUGAUCAUGCAGGAGGUGGGGAUUCGACCCCUGACUCAAGACAUGCUCCUGCAUGAGGACUGCUACAUCCUUGAUCAAGCAGGUCUCAAGAUCUUCGUGUGGAAGGGCAAGAAUGCCAACAAGGAGGAGAAGCAGCAGGCGAUGAGCAGGGCGCUGGGCUUUAUCAAAGCCAAGAACUACCCAGAAAGCACCAGCGUGGAGACAGAGAAUGAUGGGUCCGAGUCAACUGUCUUCAGGCAGCUCUUCCAAAAAUGGACUGUCCCCAGUCAGACCAGCGGCUUGGGCAAGACCCACACUGUGGGCAGAGUGGCCAAGGUGGAGCAGGUGAAGUUCGAUGCCACCACGCUGCACGCCACGCCCCAGGUGGCCGCCCAGCAGAAGAUGGUGGAUGAUGGAUCCGGGGAAGUGGAGGUCUGGCGUGUGGAGAACGGGGAGCUGGCACCUGUGGACAAGAGGUGGCUGGGCCAUUUUUACGGCGGGGACUGCUACCUGGUGCUCUACACCUAUUACGUGGGGCCCAAGGUGAACCGCAUCAUCUACAUCUGGCAGGGCCGCCAAGCCACCCCAGACGAGCUGGCCGCCUCCGCCUACCAAGCUGUCUUCCUGGACCAGAAGUAUAACAACGAGCCCGUGCAGGUUCGCGUCACCAUGGGCAAGGAGCCGGCCCACCUGAUGGCCAUCUUCAAGGGCAAGAUGGUGGUGUAUGCGGGUGGCACCUCCCGGGAGGGCAGCAAGGAGCCCACCCCUUCCACCCGCCUCUUCCACGUGCAUGGCACCAACGAGUACAACACCAAGGCCUUCGAGGUGCCCGUCCGCGCCUCCUCCCUCAACUCCAAUGACGUCUUUGUGCUCAAGACCCCCAGUUGCUGCUACCUCUGGUAUGGGAAGGGCUGCAGUGGGGACGAACGGGAGAUGGGCAAGACGGUGGCUGACAUCAUCUCCAAGACAGAGAAGCUAGCGGUCGCAGAGGGACAGGAGCCAUCUGAGUUCUGGCUGGCCCUGGGGGGCAAGUCCCAGUAUGCCAACAGCAAGAGGCUCCAGGAGGAGAAUCCCUCUGUGUCCCCCCGACUCUUUGAGUGCUCCAACAAGACAGGAACCUUCUUGGCCACUGAGAUCAUAGACUUCACCCAGGAUGACUUGGAGGAGGAUGAUGUUUACUUGCUGGACACCUGGGACCAGGUUUUCUUCUGGAUUGGGAAAGGUGCCAACGAGUCAGAGAAGGAGGCGGCAGCAGUGAUGGCACAGGAGUACCUGCGGAGCCACCCCAGCGGGCGUGACCUCGACACUCCCAUCAUCGUGGUGAAGCAGGGCUAUGAGCCUCCCACCUUCACCGGCUGGUUCCUGGCCUGGGACCCUCUUAACUGGGCCGACAAGAAGUCCUACGAGGAGCUGAAGGCCGAGCUGGGGGAUGACAGCAGCAUUGGGGAGCUCACCUCAGUGCUCACAUCCACACAAGAGGUCUUCACUGCCACCACCACCCUCCUCCCCGACAAAUUCGAGACCUUCCCACUUGAUGUGCUGGUGAAUACCUCGGCCGAGGACCUGCCGCGGGGCGUGGAUCCCAGCAGGAAGGAG